GAGGAACCGGAGAGGUUCACCUGUCCUGAGAUGAAGCUCACCUGGAGCCGGCCCGACUCUGAGCUGCACCUGUGAGACAGGGUCAUGUACGUCCUCUGCACGCUGGUGGUCCUGAGCCUCCACAGCCUCUUCAGGAGGAGGAUCAGAGACGAGCACGAGGAUGGAGGCGAUGCUGAGACCCGAGGAGCAGGAGGUGCAGGGAAGGCUGGGAGGACCAGGACAGGAGGUGCAGGAGGAGUCAGAGGAACCGUCAAGCCGGUCCGGCGGUCCAGCGCUCUGCUCAGCCCGGCGGUCAUGUUUGGUGCAAGAAAAACCUGGGACAUAGGCCACGCCCCCUGCCUGCAGGAGCUCUGGAAGAACGACCUGUCACUGGAUGCGAGUUCGAUGGACUUUCUGCUGAGUGAUGGUGAAGACGACGGUUCCUUCUUGUCUCUGCCUGCCUCCUCCUUCUCACAGCGCUCCUCUCUGACCGCCGAUUUCAGCGACACAAACGCAACCAAGCAGCAGCUGCUCAUACAGGCACGUUUUCGCUCUGAGGAAGUUGCCCGUCAGCUGUUGGUGCAGCAUCACGGCCUCCAGCAGCAGCAAACGUUUCGAGGCUUUGGAACGCUGCAGGAAGAGCAGCCGUCAGUCACAUCUAAAAGUGUGACGGUGCUGCAGGCCGGUGAAGAUUCAGAUUGUUUCAGGUGUUUAGAGAACAAGCAGCUCAUUAUUCAGCUGCGCACACAGGUGAAGGAACUGGAGGAGGAGCUGUUGGAUCACACCCAAGAGGUGGAAAGACUUCGCUCUGAACUGGGGGCGACAGACCUGGAGAAGCAGCUGCAGCGGCUGCUGGUGGAGAACGAGCGUCUGAAGCAGGAGCUGAAGUCAUGCAGAAUUUCAGAGUUUCAAAAGCUCGACGCCGCUGCAGAGACCUGCAGCUGCAGCUGCUGCCCCCACCGCCAGGAUGUGGAGGUGCUGAGGAGGGAGGUGUCCCGCUGGCAGGUCCAGGCUCGUCAGAAGGAGCAGCGGCUGGCUGAGGUGGAGCAGCUGCUGCAGGAGAGGAGCUGCAGGGAGGAGGCUCUGCAGCGGCAGCUGGAGGAGUCCAGGAGGAGGCAGGAGGAGGCGCAGCAUCAUCUCCACCUCCGACUGCAGGAGUGUGAAGGACAUCACAGCCGUCAGGAUGUAACGUCCUCGAGAGUCCAGGCGGUGGAGGCGGAGUCCACACACUCACACAGAGUCCUGUCUGACAUGCAGAAGAAGAACGACGUCCUGCAGGAGCAGCUGAACGUUCAGAGGCAGCUGCUGAGAGAGCUCGAGAUCCAGCUGCACGACUCGCAGAGAACCUGUGCCCAGCUCCGCACCCAGAUCGUUGUUUAUGAGGGGGAGGUGGAGCGCACCCGGGGCCGGCUGGAGGUGGAGGUGCAGAACCUGGAGGAGGAGAAGAACCGUGUGAUUGAGGAGGCCUUCAUCAGAGCAGAGAGCGAGAUGAAGGCGGUCCACGAGAACCUGGCAGGGGUGCGUCUGAACCUGCUGAGCCUGCAGCCGGCUCUCAGGACUCUGACCUCGGACUACAACUGUCUGAAGAGGCAGGUGCAGGACUUCCCCUUCAUGCUGGAGAAGGCCAUCUCUGAGGCCAAACAGGAGAUCUGUCAGGUGAUCAACGAGGUGAGCAGCACCAACCAGGAGCUGCUGAGGAAAUAUAAGCGGGAGAUGAACCUGAGAAAGAAGUGCCACAACGAGCUGGUCCGACUCAAAGGCAACAUACGAGUUUUCUGCCGGGUCCGACCCGUCAGUCAGGAGGAGCAGGACUCUGCUGACGCAGGAAACAUGUUGAGCUUCGACUCGGAUGAUGACGCCAUCCUCUACCUCUCUAACAAGGGCAAGGUUAUGACCUUUGAGCUGGAUCAAGUCUUCCCACCUAAGGCCUCUCAGGAGGAGGUGUUCCAGGAAGUCCAGUCUCUGGUCACUUCUUGUAUCGACGGCUUUAACGUCUGCAUCUUUGCUUACGGCCAAACGGGUUCAGGGAAAACCUACACUAUGGAGGGCGUGCCCGAGAACCCGGGCAUCAACCAGCGAGCGCUUCGCCUGCUGUUCUUGGAGGUGACAGAAAAGGCUUCAGACUGGGACUACAGCAUCACUGUCAGCAUGGUGGAGAUCUACAACGAGACGCUGCGAGACCUGCUCAGGGAGAACCCCACAGAGAAGCUGGACAUAAAGCUGAACCCUGACGGCAGCGGACAGCUCUACGUCCCUGGACUGACCGAGAUCACUGUGCAGAGCCCUGAGGACAUAAACAAGGUGUUUGAGUUGGGUCACAUGAACAGAGCGACGGCGUGCACCAACCUGAACGAGCACAGCUCCCGUUCCCACGCUCUGCUCAUCAUCACAGUGUCUGGGUCCAACAUCACCACUGGAACCUCCACACAAGGGAGGCUGAACCUGGUGGACCUGGCGGGCUCCGAACGGAUCGGGAAGUCCGGAGCGGAGGGCAGCCGGCUCAGAGAGGCUCAGUGCAUCAACAAGUCUCUGUCUGCACUCGGCGACGUCAUCAGCGCUCUGCGCAGCAAGCAGCCCCACGUCCCGUUCAGGAACUCGCGCCUCACCUACCUGCUGCAGGACUCGCUGAGCGGGGACAGCAAGACGCUGAUGAUGGUGCAGAUAUCCCCGCUGCCUGGCAACAUGAGCGAGUCGGUGUGCUCGCUGAAGUUUGCUCAGCGAGUUCGCAGUGUUGAGCUCAGCUCCGUGUCGUCGUCGUGCAGGAGACCCGAGAACUCGUCUACCUCGUCCUCACCCACCCACAACAGCGUGGAGCUGGACUCCCCCCCAGUGACCCCGGUUCCCCUCCCCAUCUCUCGGGCCAGCAGCACUGGAUCCACCGUGUCGUCGGCCUCCAGGACCCCCAGCAGCUCCCGCAGGAGGUCCCAGUCGCAGCUCUCCACAGGACGACUAAAGCUUACGGCCUGACGAGACCCCGAUCAGACCCUGAUGGUGGGACUGCAGGGUGCCGUCCAACACCCUGGAGGUUUUCUGUUGAUUGGCCUUCUCUGGAUUUAAGCUCCACCCUCCAGCAGCUUGUGGGAGGAGCCUGAGUGGAGUUUUAAAGCUGGACAGUUUGUGUGAUGAUGAUGAUUUUAUGACCUGAUGGGACUCUGAUCCAGGUGGGACCACAGGGUGUUGGACUGAAUCACAAUCAGUAUUUUUUGCUUUUUCAGUUUUUGUAAAGUUGAGUUUUAACUCUAAAACUUUCUGCACCGUUAAUCCAAACUUGAGUUUGAUUUUGGACAAGAAGACACUUUAUCUCAUUUUGAGUGAUUGUUAAACUUUGAGCCGAAAGGACAAAUCUUGGUUUUGAAUUUGAAGCUUACUUUAAGUAUUUUUUUUAAGUUUGAUUCAAACAAACUUCAGAACCAAAAAUUCAGAUUUAUUUUUUUCUUUCAAAUCCUGUGAACCUAUUUGCUCAAAUGUCCUUCUGUAGUAGUCCUCGUUUAUCCAAUCAGGACGCUCCGCUGACAUCAAACUGUGUUGUGGAACAUCAACCACAGAUGACCUGUAAACUCAAACAGGACACUGAAUCCAUCUGUCGGCUCCAGGUUUCUACAGGAAUUUUUGUAUUAAAUUUUUUAAUAAAUUCUCCAGAACAAAACUUA